UCAGUCGCUCAGUCGCUCUGUCGCUCAGUCUCCCUCUCGCGUUCUCGCUCGCCUCGACAACCCCGCUUCUCGUUGAUCAACCAUGUCAUUCGCUGCCAGCAGCGGAGUCCGCAGCACAGAUGGUGGUCCCGUCGUGGGGUCAUUCUCGGCCACACCCACUGGUCUGCACGACUCCAACAUGCGCGCAAGCACCCACGAUGACCUUCCACCGGCCUCUGCGCCGUCGGCAGUGCCCACCCAGGGCAGGCGACGCGAGUCAAUAGGCGGGCAGCUCCGCAGACUCGACUCGUCGACGGUCGCUGCCGCGGGAGGCGGUCAUUUCCACUCGAGAAUCGUCAACGGCCAGUCGAUGCCCUCGAGCCGCAUCUCGGUCUCGCCCCGCGCCAUUCCCUCUUCGAUUGGAGCGGGCGCUGGUGGCCUCGAGGCGAGCAGCCUUUCCACGUCCUUUGGCACCGCUGGCGAGGCUCUCACGUCAAAGAGCCUCGCUAGCCUCGGAGGCAGUCUCGCCGGGAGGAGUGUUAGCAACGGCAUGGCCUCUUCCACCACCACGACUUCGUCAGCGACGAUGGGGACAGGGACAUCGACGACAACGGCGGCAGCAGCGACGGGUGCACCAAAGUCGAUUGGCCACACCCACUUUGGCCAGGAGUGCUACGGCCCGCAGCCGGGCGACCCCACGGCGCUGAACCCGCCGCCGAGUGCGAUGCUGUCGGCAAAGGACAUGAACUCGGGUAAUGGCAAGCACAGCGGCAAUAGCAGCAGCAACACAGAUGACGGCAAGGACCCAUCCAGCGGCGGCAUCUCGGCCCGACGUGCGUCCAUCAGCUCAACCGUCACCGACGACGGCGAAGUGACGGGCAAGGCGCUGAGCCAGAGUUACGGCGGUGGCGCCCACUCGAUGCUGCACAAAUGCGAGAGCUGCUCAAAGGUGUACAGACACCCCAGCUGCCUGAUCAAGCACCGAUGGGAACACACGGUGUACUGGAAAGAGGCCUCCAAGUUCCUCAUGAGCAAGCAUCAGCAGGUCCAGCUCCUCGAGGCCGCCGCCAUUCUCGUGGGCAUGGACUGCAACGCCCGAUCGCUCCCCGAGGAAAAGGCGCUCUGGCCUGCUGCCGUCAGCCCGCCGUCGUCGGGCUUGCUGGGCUCGGACAAGAUCAACUUUGAGAAGCUCCUCGCGCAGAAGAACAAGAAAUCAGACGGCCGCACCGCCUCUGCCUCGCCAGUGGCACAGCGGACCAGCAGCGCCUCGCUCUCGCCCCUCCACGGUUUCACCAACCUGCAGAUCGGCAGGGGUGCCGCCGGCCGAAUUGGCGGCGGGCCUUCUUCGACAAACAACAACGGCGAUGUGCAGCAUCUCACGCUCGACGAGAGCGCCGAACGGAGCCGAAGAAGCGAGAGCGCAGAGACCGACGGUGAUGACGACGAGAGAGAUGAAGACGAUGAAGACGACGACGGUGAGGGUGACGAGAGCAUGACGGGCAGCACGACCAUCUCGACUGGCAGCCCCAGCCGAGAGGCCGAGGAACGCGAACGCGAACGCUAUGGGCUCAGUGCUGGCGGCGAUGUUCUCGCAGAGAUGGAAAUGGAGGGCGUCGAAUGACAAGUCGGACGGUGAAGCUUGCUCCGUGUAACAGGUUUCCUCUUUCUCAGUCACACACAUGCGCACAACACUUUCUCUCCCUUUCUCUCUCUCUCUCUUUCCUUUUCUCUCUCUUCUUUUCUUUUCUUGC